GACCGUCUUGAGUUCCCCAAAUCCCUUCAAGUUACAUCAAGUGAUAGCAUGCUGGCUAAUGUUGAGGGCGUGCAGCAAAGUCGGGACAUUUAAAUAGUUUCUAAAACAAUAUAAAUUAACCAAAUAGCAAUGGAUGAAGAACGUGGCAUAAGGUGAAGUAUCGCAUGUGCAACAUUUUUAGCAAAAGUCGAAGCGCCUACUUUUAAUAUGGCUACUCGAGAGGCACGGCAGUACCGAAGGGCUGCUAUCAAGCAGGAGCAGGACGACGACUCUGACGCAGAGGAAUCGACUAUUUCGUUAAAGAAAUCUGACGGACGAGAGUCGCAGAUCAUCCACAGCGGUCAUUUUAUGGUGUCUUCUCCUCAUACCGACCACCCCCCAAAGAAAGGUUACGACUUCGACACUGUAAAUAAACAAACCUGCCAGACGUAUCAUUUUGGAAAGACUAGCACGUCGCAUCUCUCUAUUGAUGCUUCCCUGACGAAGCUCUUUGAGUGCAUGACCCUUGCAUACAGUGGGAGGUUGGUGUCACCAAAAUGGAAGAACUUCAAAGGCCUCAAGCUGCUGUGGAGGGACAAGAUUCGCCUCAACAAUGCCAUUUGGAGAGCCUGGUAUAUGCAAUAUGUAGAGAAGAGACAGAACCCUGUUUGCCAUUUUGUCACACCUUUGGAUGGCAAUAUGGAUUCGGGAGUACAUCGACCAACAGAGGCAAUAGCAACAGAAGGCAAGUACUGGAAAAGGAGAAUUGAAAUCGUCAUCAGGGAAUAUCAUAAAUGGAGGACAUAUUUCAAGAAAAGAUUACAGAAGCACAAGGAUGAAGACCUGUCCAGCCUUCUCAAGGGUGCGGAGGAACAGUUUUCACUCUUUGGGGAAGUGUGUCCAGACACCUACCGUGUCCUCUUCUGCCAGGAUGAGGAUAUCAGUUUGGGAGGUCGUCGUAGGUCCCGCAAGAGUCGCGAUUCACCUGUUCCAAUGGAGAUGGACUCCCUUUUUGACAUGGACGUGCUCAUGUCUGAAUUCUCAGACACGCUCUUUUCCACACUGGCCUCUCAUCAACCUGUAGCAUGGCCCAAUCCGAGGGAGAUUGCCCAUGCAGGUAAUGCAGAUAUGAUCCAGCCCGGCCUCAUCCCACUGCAGCCCAAUCUGGACUUCAUGGACACUUUUGAGCCUCUGCAAGAUUUGUUUCACACCCUGCGUCAGCCAGUCUUCCCCUCCACUUCCCCCACUGCCCCACCAGUCACCCCCCUAACCAGCAGCAGCUCCCAAACACAGAAUCCCUUGCUGUCAUCCAUGCCGCUCUCCUCAGAGCUUCCCUCUCUGCCACUGGACUACCGCCUCAUCCCGUCUUCUCCACUGCCCAGCCAUCUCUCUGCCGCCAACCAGGACAAUGGUAAUGCUGUUGGCACAUCCUACCAACAAACCUACAUGCGUCUUUUCACCGAGCAAGUGACCCCCUCCGUCCCAUCUCUCCUGCCACCACCAGCUCCGCCUCUCCCACCAACCCCACAACCUCUCCAGUGUGGAGGUGCUUCUACAGUCACUACAGUCCCUCAGCCCACCCCAAGCAUCCCAUCUCCUUCUGUAAAAACGCACUCCGCCCCUUCCACAGUAACUCCCACUGAUGCAGCCACUACUUUCAGUCGCAGGUCAAGCUUUGAGCUGCCUGCUGCACCGUCUCCACAGCCUGUGGUCUCAACCUCUGCCUCACUGAACUCACAGCCAGCCAACUUUGCCUUGCCCAAAUCCAUUCUGCCUCCUGUUUCUAGCAAAAAAGCCAGACACCCACAGAGACCGAUUGUCCCAGCCAAUCCACUGCCGCCAUCUCAACUCAUACUCACAGGUUCCACCCAUGCUGUCCUUGUUACUCCUGCCCCUCUCAACACUGAUGUUGUCCCCAGCACUGGUAUGGUCAUUCCCUCCUCCAGAAUUCCUUGUGUUUCUGCUGGUUUUCAUAUUCUCCCUCAGACACAGAAGUCUCCCCAACCAAUCGUACCCAAAGAGGAAACUGCCACAACUGUAUCCAACAACAAGACAUCAGUACAGUCAACAAGUACAGCACACGACGGGCGGGUCUCAGGUCAAGGGUCACCAUUGGGACCAGAACAGGUACCAAGCCCCCAGUCACCUCUCAACACCAGUGCAGGCAUGGGCAAAAAUGAAGCCUGUAAGAGUCGCAGAGUUACUCACAUAUCUGCUGAGCAGAAGAGGCGAUUUACCAUAAAUGUCUGCUUCAAGACAUUGUGUAAUCUUGUGCCGACUCUCAAGUCUCAAUCAAAUAUCAGUAAUGCUGCAACGCUUCAAAAGACAGUUGAGUACAUCGGCAAACUACAACUAGAGAGACAACAGAUGCAGGAAGAGACCAAGAGAUUACGAGAGGAGAUUGAGGAGCUUAAUACAUCUAUAAGCUUGUGCCAGGAACAGCUUCCUGAUACAGGGGUUCCUGUUGCACGUCAUCGCUUUGACCACAUGAGGGAGAAGUUUGAGGACUAUGUGAAGAACAGAACUCUUCAGAACUGGAAAUUCUGGAUAUUUAGCGUCAUUAUUCAACCUCUGUUUGAGUCCUUCAAUGGGACAGUGUCUACCACCAACAACACGGAGCUGUGUGAAACCACCAUGCAGUGGCUGGAUCGUUACUGUGCCCUCCCUGUGCUCCGACCUAUGGUACUCAGGACAUUACGACAGCUCUGUACCAGCACCUCCAUCUUGAACGAUCCCACACUUUUACCUGAGGAAGCCAAAAAAGCUGUUCUCAACCCAAAAAAACAUUCCUCAUGAUCUUAGUUUUAACCCUCCGACAUCUAAAAUGUGAUUUUGAGAAUUUUUAUCCAGGCAUAUCAGUCUUUGGGAGCCUUGAAAACAAUACCUUUUGCCUGCGAGGAGGCCUUUGCUUUGUUGUUACUCAUUUAGCUCGAACUCCAUUCAAAGUGGUGGAAAUGCAAGAGAACUGCUUGAUUUGUCUUAUAUAUGUUCAUAGAAGUGUUGUGGACAAAAUGGAGAACUCCACGUACAUGGUCAAAUCCCUUUCGUAUGCUUCUCUUAUGUACAGGAAAAUACAAAUGGCCGCUCGGUCUUGAAAAGAAUAAGCUUCCCCUUUUUUUUUUCUUUUUUUUUUUAGAUUUUAAGGCAAGAAAUGACAAACCAAAGUCCAUCUCUCUUGUUUACGUUCAUCAUCAUGAGAGGCAUACAGCUGGCAUGUCUCCAAAUUCUUUGUGUUUCUCUGACUGUAUUGUUUUACUAGAGCUGUUGCCUUGAGACUUUAUGGACUUUACCUCUCAGGGUGUUGUUUCGUUUUGUUUUUUCAUAUGUUUGGGUGUCUUCCAUAUUUGAUGCUGUUAUUCUGAUUAUUUAGUGCCCUUUUGGAAAUUGAUCCUUUGUUCACCCAAAAACUGCAGCACCAUUGAACAAAUACAGGAUAUUUGAAGCAUUUAAGUGCAUGGACAGAUGCAUGGGCCUGUAAAACUAUCUGUGAAAAUGACAAAUAGAAGUACAGACACAAAUAUUUAUAUUCAUAUAAGUGUGAGAUGCAUUUGUUGUUUCGCAAGAUGAACAUGUAAAAGACCUUUUAAUAGCAUUUGAUUGACUGAUUAGUGUGUUUUCUCUCGGGGAGGACGUCUUAAUAUCAGACACCUGAUUUCAGCAGUUGAUAUUAAACGGCCCACAGGUCUAAAAUGUAAGGACGUAGCAUAUAUUUUUACAUUUCAAAAGUUAUUUUUCACUGUGUGCUCUAAAUGCUGAUUUGCUCAACAUUUUGUUUCUGCAUUUACUUGGUGAAAAAAACAAAAACAAAUUAACCUUUCCAACUAUGGACUGUUCCCAAUAAAAAUAUAAGAUUUUGCAUUCAUUUAUAUGCAAGGUGUUUGACUAAAUAAUGUCAUUUGAAUGGAAAGUUAAAGGGUGUUUUCAGUAAUCUGAGCAAAGCAAGUCGAGAUAGAAUUAACUUAUUUACAGUACAAACAGUGCUGUCUUCUAUUAGUUCAGGCUUCACGUUCACAGAGUGAAACCAAAUCAUUUAAAGGGAUAGUUCACCCAAAAAUGAAAAUUCUGUCAUCAUUUACUCACCCUCAUGUCGUUCCAAACCUGUAAGACUUUCAUUCAUCUUCGGAACACAAAUGAAGAUCUUUUAGAUGAAACUUUGAUGCUUCAAAAAGUUCGUAAAGAGUCUGUAAAACUAUUCCAUGUAAAUUGAGUGGUUUGACGCACGGGAACACUUAAAAGUGUUGCGUAACACGAGAAUGAACCUCACUGGUUCUUGAGGAUGCUCAAAAGCAGUGGUGGACAGUAACUAUUUUUACUUCGUUACUGUACUUAAGUACAUUUUUCAAGUAUCUGUACUUUACUCGAGUAUUUUUAUUUUGAGCAACUUUUAUUUUUACUUCACUAAAUUCCAAAGCAUAAGAUCAUACUUUUUACUCCACUACAUUUCAUAAAACAUAUCGUUACUCCUUAUUUUAAAAUGAAGAAAUCGUCACAUGCUCAGAGACGCAAAAGCAGUGUCCGAUUCGUUCACGAACUGAUUCUUUUCAAUCAUCCUGUUAAAUCGGUUCACAAAUCACAUCAACAGUUCAUUCGCGAAUUGGACUGAUCGUAGUGCAGCUGUUCUCUAGUCAACAAAUCAUUGAUUCAAUGAUUCGUUCAGAGCGCGUCUGCAGUGAACUGAAUUUACAAGUCUGACUGAACUGGGGGAUCCUCUGGGUGCGCGCACGACUGAUGGUGAAAAGUCAGCCAGCCUACUAAUGUUGAAUUUUAGGAUGAAUUAUUGUAACUGAAAAUCAUAUUUAGGUCAGUUGUUUUUGAGCUAAAUCUGUUGUAAAGGGCGAUCUGUUUAAGCCCACUGAAAUGCUUUAAUGCGACACGUCCACAUCAAUGUGUCUACAAAUCGCGAUCUCGAUUCAAUCAGAUCAAAUCACAUUUUACAACUAAUUGCCGCUUCAAAUAACGGUUGUAUCGAUUACAUCGUUACGACACUAGGAGGCGACUAGGAAGUGACUGUUAAAAUGUAUUUGACAUUGAAUGAUUCAUUCAAAAGAUUUGUUCAAAAACAUUGAUUCAUCCAGUAAUGAAACAAGUGAAAUAGUUAUGAGUGAGUCAUUAAAUCAUUCAUUCAAACCUAUUUUUUUAAAUUAAUUAAAUAUUUUUAAAUAGACUGCAGCAAUUAAUAUUUGUUUAGUUGUCUAUUCAGAAUCAUGGGAGAACCAUGAUCUCUAUUUGAAAGAAACAAAUAAAAAUCUUGAUUAUCAUUUUAUCCAGAAUCGUGCAACUCUAACACAAAAUAACGCAUGCACGUUAAUCUUCCCCGCUGCUGCAGCAAUUGUUUUUUUUUAAAUGUUAUGUAUUUAGCCCUAUAUGUUUUGUCUGUUUUUAUAUUGUUUGUCAACACACAUUACAUAUUAUGUAUCUGCAUCCACUAAUCUUCCAUCCAUACUGACUAGUGCUGGCUAUUUGACAAUUCAUAAUCAUUCAUAAUUAUUUUGAGCAAUAGGAUUAUAUAAAAUAUAUAAUAUAAAAUUAAAUUAUAUAAGUGGCCUAUAUAAAAUUACAAAAUAAACAUUCAUCUAUCAGUACUUUUUUACUUAAGUACAUUAAAAAUCAAGUACUUUUGUACUUUCACUCAAGUAAAAUUGAAAAGGAGCACUAAAUACAUUCACUUGAGUAAUAUUUUAUGAUACAUAUCUGUACUUUUACUCAAGUUCUUGAUUUGUGUACUUCGUCCACCACUGCUCAAAAGUGAUGCGUAACACGAGAAUGAACCUCAUUGGUUCUUGCUGAAGCUCAAAAGUGAUGCGCAACACGAGAAUGAACCUCAUUGGUUCUUGCGGAAGCUCAAAAGUGAUGCGUAACACGAGAAUGAACCUCAUUGGUUCUUGCGGAAGCUCAAAAGUGAUGCGUAACACAAGAAUGAACCUCAUUGGUUCUUGAGGAAGCUCAAAAGUGAUGCGUAACACAAGAAUGAACCUCAUUGGUUCUCACACGUCAAGCAAACAUGCUUGAGCUUCUGUUUACCACAACUGAUGUGAGUUGAUGAAUGUUUAUAUAUGAAUAAAAGCCUAAAUUCAAUCUUUUUAUCAUAUACAGUGAUCGUAUCUCUUCAGAAAAUUGGGACUUAACCGCUCAAUUCAUAUUUUAUGAUCUCUUUAUGAACUUUUUGAAGCGUCAAAAUGUCAGUUGUGUAGCUGUCAAUGGAGGGACAGAAAGCUCUCAGAUUUCAUCAAAAAGAUCUUCAUUUGUGUUCUGAAGAUGAACAAAAGUCUUGCAGGUUUGGAACAACAUGAGGGUGAGUAAUUAAUGACAGAAUUUUAAACCUUCGGUUUUAAAAUGGUUGACAAACACACUAUGGAGGAUUUCUCCUUUUUGUUUUUGAGUGAGUUCAUAAAAACUGUUAAAUGCUGUGUUCUUGCCUUACCCAAGCCUUCAUUGUAGGCCUACAAUAAUGAUUUGUAUUUAGAGCAGUCAGGUUGGAUUUGGUGGCGGUUGAAAAAGUCACCACUCACAACUGCAAAGGUACAAUAUGAUGUUUUUUUCUUUUGUGAAUCUGCACAGAACUAAUCACCGGUUAGAAAUGUGUCCCAGUGUGGUCUGACUUGCUCUGAAUGUCAAAAAACGAAAGGCGCCGUGCCAGCCGGUGCAGUUACUCUCCUCGACUGACUAAAGGUAUGAUGAUAACUUGCUGACGACACAUCUUAAUGCUUGUUGGUUUAAACAAUCGUGAUGUUAUGUUCUGUUUUAAAGUGUUUGACUUUUGACUCUGAUAUGAUAUGAUUUAAUGUGUAUAAAUUCUCUGUGGAUAUUCCUAAACACUGAUAGUGCAUUCUCUUUAAACAUAAGUUAUCAUAGGAAAAAAAAAAUUCUGAAAAACGUCUUUUUUUUUUUUUUUAAAUAGGAAUGAAUGGGGAAAAAACAUCAUAAUAAGCAUACUUUGGGUGUCUUGUUCAUUUUUAUUUACAUAAAGCAACAAAAUUUUAAAUUAUUGCCAGUGUUAUAGAGUGCUGCAGGGAUGACGUAUUUUUGUGGGCUGGAAACUAGUCAGCAUUUUAGCAGUUCCGGUUCCAUUGUCCUGAAAUCAAUGGGGUUUUUUUGAGUGGGAUUUUGUUUGAAAGCCUGAAAUAAGGUCUGAGGUGAACACAAGCUCAAGGUAUUUUCACGUUUUAUUCUACGACAUAAAACACACCAGUAUAACUCCCUCAUAAAUAAUAACUAUAUAAAUAUAAAUAAAGGUGACUUGACUUGA